GACUGGCAGGAUCCUUACUCCUACCUCUACCCACAGCCAGUGCCUUUGGCGCACUGAGGUGCACAGGGUCCCUUAGCCGGGCGCAGGGCGCGCAGCCCAGGCUGAGAUCCGCGGCUUCCGUAGAAGUGAGCAUGGCUGGGCAGCGAGUGCUUCUUCUAGUGGGCUUCCUUCUCCCUGGGGUCCUGCUCUCAGAGGCUGCCAAAAUCCUGACAAUAUCUACAGUAGGUGGAAGCCAUUAUCUACUGAUGGACCGGGUUUCUCAGAUUCUUCAAGAUCACGGUCAUAAUGUCACCAUGCUUAACCACAAAAGAGGUCCUUUUAUGCCAGAUUUUAAAAAGGAAGAAAAAUCAUAUCAAGUUAUCAGUUGGCUUGCACCUGAAGAUCAUCAAAGAGAAUUUAAAAAGAGUUUUGAUUUCUUUCUGGAAGAAACUUUAGGUGGCAGAGGAAAAUUUGAAAACUUAUUAAAUGUUCUAGAAUACUUGGCGUUGCAGUGCAGUCAUUUUUUAAAUAGAAAGGAUAUCAUGGAUUCCUUAAAGAAUGAGAACUUCGACAUGGUGAUAGUUGAAACUUUUGACUACUGUCCUUUCCUGAUUGCUGAGAAGCUUGGGAAGCCAUUUGUGGCCAUUCUUUCCACUUCAUUCGGCUCUUUGGAAUUUGGGCUACCAAUCCCCUUGUCUUAUGUUCCAGUAUUCCGUUCCUUGCUGACUGAUCACAUGGACUUCUGGGGCCGAGUGAAGAAUUUUCUGAUGUUCUUUAGUUUCUGCAGGAGGCAACAGCACAUGCAGUCUACAUUUGACAACACCAUCAAGGAGCAUUUCACAGAAGGCUCUAGGCCAGUUUUGUCUCAUCUUCUACUGAAAGCAGAGUUGUGGUUCAUUAACUCUGACUUUGCCUUUGAUUUUGCUCGACCUCUGCUUCCCAACACUGUUUAUGUUGGAGGCUUGAUGGAAAAACCUAUUAAACCAGUACCACAAGACUUGGAGAACUUCAUUGCCAAGUUUGGGGACUCUGGUUUUGUCCUUGUGACCUUGGGCUCCAUGGUGAACACCUGUCAGUAUCCGGAAAUCUUCAAGGAGAUGAACAAUGCCUUUGCCCACCUACCCCAAGGGGUGAUAUGGAAGUGUCAGUGUUCUCAUUGGCCCAAAGAUGUCCACCUGGCUGCAAAUGUGAAAAUUGUGGACUGGCUUCCUCAGAGUGACCUCCUGGCUCACCCAAGCAUCCGUCUGUUUGUCACCCACGGCGGGCAGAAUAGCAUAAUGGAGGCCAUCCAGCAUGGUGUGCCCAUGGUGGGGAUCCCUCUCUUUGGAGACCAGCCUGAAAACAUGGUCCGAGUAGAAGCCAAAAAGUUUGGUGUUUCUAUUCAGUUAAAGAAGCUCAAGGCAGAGACAUUGGCUCUUAAGAUGAAACAAAUCAUGGAAGACAAGAGAUACAAGUCCGCGGCAGUGGCUGCCAGUGUCAUCCUGCGCUCCCACCCGCUCAGCCCCACACAGCGGCUGGUGGGCUGGAUUGACCACGUCCUCCAGACAGGGGGCGCGACGCACCUCAAGCCCUAUGUCUUUCAGCAGCCCUGGCAUGAGCAGUACCUGCUCGACGUUUUUGUGUUUCUGCUGGGGCUCACUCUGGGGACUCUAUGGCUUUGUGGGAAGCUGCUGGGCAUGGCUGUCUGGUGGCUGCGUGGGGCCAGAAAGGUGAAGGAGACAUAAGGCCAGGUGCAGCCUUGGCGGGGUCUGUUUGGUGGGCGAUGUCACCAUUUCUAGGGAGCUUCCCACUAGUUCUGGCAGCCCCAUUCUCUAGUCCUUCUAGUUAUCUCCUGUUUUCUUGAAGAACAGGAAAAAUGGCCAAAAAUCAUCCUUUCCACUUGCUAAUUUUGCUACAAAUUCAUCCUUACUAGCUCCUGCCUGCUAGCAGAAUUCUUUCCAGUCCUCUUGUCCUCCUUUGUUUGCCAUCAGCAAGGGCUAUGCUGUGAUUCUGUCUCUGAGUGACUUGGACCACUGACCCUCAGAUUUCCAGCCUUGAAAUCCACCUUCCUUCUCAUGCGCCUCUCCGAAUCACACCCUGACUCUUCCAGCCUCCAUGUCCAGAUCUAGUCAGCCUCUGUCACUCCUGUCCCUACCAUCUAUCAUGGAAUAACAUCCAAGAAAGACACCUUGCAUAUUCUUUCAGUUUCUGUUUUGUUCUCCCACAUAUUCUCUUCAAUGCUCAGGAAGCCUGCCCUGUGCUUGAGAGUUCAGGGCCGGACACAGGCUCACAGGUCUCCACAUUGGGUCCCUGUCUCUGGUGCCCACAGUGAGCUCCUUCUUUGCUGAGCAGGCUUGGAGACUGUAGGUUUCCAGAUUUCCUGAAAAAUAAAAGUUUACAGCAUUAUCUCUCCCCAACCUCACUAAAUGAUUGGCCAAGAGAUUUCUGUCCUAAUUGCCCAGAAUUCUGUCAUCUGGCUACUCAAGGCUAUCGGGGAAUGGGGCAAGUUUGCACUGGCAGCUGGCCAGGAUGAAGGCAGCGGGAAGUGGGUGGAGGCUUAGCUAACCUGUGGGGUCUGAAGAAAGAGAAAAGUGGCCAAAAAUCCUCCAGAAUGCUUGACCUGUUGAACCAGAAUGUUUUGCUAUUUAGUUUUGGCCUAUAUUCAUGCAACCUAAGCAGCAAGCUAUCAUGGGCAUGCUGAUAAAGAAACACUACUGUUUCCUGGUUACAGUCUCUGGCUGGACCUGAGGAAGCACUGAAUUGGCUUCAAUGACUUUCUAAGUGUGUUGGGGAUGCUGAGGUAGACAGCCAGAGCAGAUGAUUUCAAUAAUAGAGCCCCAGCUCCAUGUGGAUGAGAAGGGGGAAUGCAAUUGUAGCUGUGUUUCCAAGGACAGGACUGCAUGUUGUUCCUUGAGGGACCAUUACCACAAACCAGUGGGCACUAAACCCUAAGUAAUAUAAGAAGAGUAAAAGACACCCUAUUUAGUGUUGUGUAGAAAAUAUGAUUUGCAAAUUGACUCUUUUCAGUCAGUGUGGCUCUGAAGUCCUCAGUGCAAAGGAAUUUUUUUUUUCGCUCUUGUUGUCCAGGAUGGAGUGGAGUUUCGCUCUUGUUGUCCAGGCUGGAGUGGAGUGGAAUGGCAUGAUCUCAGCUCACCACAACCUCUGCCUCCCGGGUUCAAGCUAUUCUCCUGCCUCAGCCUCCCAAGUAGCUGGGAUUACAAGCGUGCACCACCACGCCCAGCUAAUUUUGUAUUUUUAGUAGAGAUGGGGUUUCUCCAUGUUGGUCAGGCUGGUCUUGAGCUUCCUACCUCAGGUGAUCCGCCCUGCCUCGGCCUCCCAAAGUACUGGGAUUACAGGUGUGAGCCACCGUGCCUGGAUGGUGCAAAGGAUUUUGUACUAAUGAGUAGGAGGUAUGUAUCCACAUCAAAGUGUCCCCACAUGUACGGGAGAAUGGGGACUUUAGGCUUACUAAUAGGUGCUAGAAUUAAUCUUAGCAUCCAUGUUUACUGUUUCCUUGUGAAGCCUACCCACUCUUUGCUAACCUCCUCCCUUUUGACUGGCAUUGCGUUUUAGAAAAUGUGUAGGUUGGUGUCAGGGUGGAGGAAAGAGCACACCAUGGGGACUUUUCCCUUCUGGGGCCUCCACAAUCUGCAUGUAAUGAAAUGCUGCAUGUGUGAUAAAGAUAAACAAGAAGAGCACAUAACACCCACAGAACCCAUAGCUUCCCAAGAGAUGAAAUACCAGAUUGUAGCAGAGCUAUCUCCUGAAAUCCUGCUGCCAGUUUUUAUGGAGUGCUAAUGAGCCUGUAAAUAUUGUGCUUGUGAAGCAGGCUCACUGUGUACUGGUUCCCACUUUUUCUGAGUAUAGUGAAACAGAUCAUUUCUCCCCAUAUGAGUUAGAUGAAGUGGACCUAUUAUUUAUAGAUUGGCAGCAAGGGACAACAGAAGUCCAGGAUUCAUUGCCAGCUGAUCCCCCAAGGCUCAGGGACUUCCCCAGGGUGGAUGGCAUCUCAUCUGCCUGUGCCCCACUUGCACCACAGCUGAGGCACACAGGGAAGCAGCCCACCCUGGUUUUGUACCUCAGGGACAGCAUGACAUACUGGGCUACAGUAUUGAAAGACCUCCUGUUUUGGGGUGACUGGAACAGAGCCCUGGCUGUUUCAGCCAGACUCUCCCUAUAUCCAGAUGUUGCUGAUCCAGCACAUUCUACAUUAUUCCUGUGACCUGCAAACCAUAGCUACAAUACUUUUUACCAUGCCCAAGGUGACUACUACCACAAGGAGGAUGAGCAGGCCUGCCCAGGGCAGUAACCUAAGUAACCUAGCCUGGGAUCCCCAGGAUCUAGGUUAGAAGUUGCUAAAGGGCUCAGAGAAGGUUCUUUCAGUGGCCCCACUGUCUGCAAUCAGAUCUUCUCUACCUGUGUUUCAGCAAUACCUGAGUUGUUUAUCCAGGUACAGCAGGAGGUGUAGGCAGUUGCAUACACUCCUCCUAGUUGGGCUAAAAGGCGGUCUAGAGUGAUUCUGUUGUCUAAAAUAAUCUUCCCAAGAGAGUUGAGGGAUGUCUGCUGGGCUACCAAAGCAGUGGCAGUAAAGGAAGCAACAUCUGCCAUGGUCAGGGACAGGCUUAUGAUUAUUUCUUUAGGAGUACUGACUCCUAUUCAUGCUAUUAAAGAUCUCAUAAAGAAUGUAAACCCAGAUUGUGAUGAGGAGAUAUACCUAAUGCUAAAUGACGAGUUAAUGGGUGCAGCACACCAACAUGGCACAUGUAUACAUAUGUAACAAACCUGCACAUUGUGCACAUGUACCCUAAAACUUAAAGUAU